AGAGCGAUACAUACAUUAUUAGCCCCAGACCUUGUCUCUGUCUCUUUUCUUUUCAAUGUUAAAUUCUCUCUGCUUUAGCUAGAGACAGAGCAAGACAACCAGGAGAUGAGGGGUGCUGAGUCGUUAGUAACCUUAAACCACAAGAUUCUCCGGCCAUGUAGGAAACUCCUGAUCAGAAUCACCAAGAGCUGUCCUCGGCGCCAUAACCGGCAUUUGAAACUCAAGAAAGCUUCCUCUUCUUCAAAUUCUUCAGGGAACAAAGUCACCAAAGUAGUGGCUUUGUUCUUCCUCUCUUUCCACAAGAAGAAGCAGAAGAAAGAGAAGAUGAAGCGGCUUAAUGAACUCAGGAGCUUCUCGCACGCAGUCAGUGACCAGAAGAAGAAGAAGGUCCAAAACCAAGAAUCAAGCAAGAAGAAAGUCUUCCCAUCGAGACUCACAAUGUCUUGGCUAGGUCAAGGAAAGGGUAACAGCAACACGCAGGAAGUCCCUCAAGAUCACGACCCACGUAGAGACAGCACAAGUGCUUUCAUUCCUUGAGAUCCAAUUUACCAAUUUCUAACUCUCGAUUAUGUGGAUAUUUCUAUGCUCUCUCAGUGCACAGUCCAUCGAGACUCUACACUAAUAUUUACAUUACGCCAU